GCCGCGAGGCCUGGUUAUCGCCCGUCCAGCGCAGCCCGGAGUCGCCCAGACCUGAACUCCUACCCAGGUCCCCGGCCUGGCCCCAGCAGGCUCGACCCCGGCCCCGGGCCCGCGAGGACACCGGAGGUCACCCCCCGGGGGUGGGAGCGGAGCCGCGGGUCAGCUCUGCGAGCGCCCGCGCUGGCCUGUCCGGCCCCGCCCCUGCCCCGGGCCAUGGCCCAGCCCUUGUCCCGGCCCCUUUUCCUAUCCCGAGUCGGGCCUUGGCCCCCGACCCCGCCCUCGCCCCGCUUCCCACAUCGGUUCCAGCUCCGGCCUGGGUCCCAGCGAAUGCCCAGAUCCGGGUCCCAGCUCAGGCCCCCACUCCAGUCCCUGGCCUGGCCCCCAUCCCAGCGCCUGCCCCUGUUUCACCUCCUUUCCCAAAUCCCAGCCCAGCCCUUGUCCCAGACCCAUUCUCAAAAUUUGCUUAAGCCCGGGGCCCAACCCCUGCCCUUCCUCCAGUCCCCAUCACAGUCCCUCCUUCCAUCACAUCCCCUACCCUUGCAUAAGUCCCAAUGCCCAGCCCAGCCCAACUCUUUAUCCCAGUCUUUGCCCUCAUCUCUGUGUUUACCCAGGUCUCUCCCACUACCCAGCCCUCUCUUUCAUACCCUCCCCCUCUCCCAGCCUCGACUCAGGUCUGGGCUCCAGCUGCCGUCAGCCUUACUGCUGCUGUUGCUGUUGUCUGUCCUUGGCCCAGGGGCUGGAGGCCUCUUCCUGACUGACUACUCCACCUGCUCACCCCGCAAGCUGAGUCCCUUCCGCUCCUUUGCCAGCACCGAGCUCUUCCACUUCCAUGUUCCCGAAGACACAUUCCUGGCCGUGUGGAACCUCAUCAUCUUCAAAGAGCAGGGGGGAACCUUUGGGGACCACUGCCCAGACCAAAGUGUGACUGUGUAUUUCCGUUCCGGGGCACCCCCUGUCAUCAAUCCCCUGCACACACACUUCCCAGGGGACACAGCUGUGCCUGGGGUUUUCUCACUGACUCUCAGCUGGACACUGCCCAACCGCACCUCUGGCAUCUUUAACGUCAGCAGCCCCUUACCUGGGGACUGGUUCUUGGCUGCCCACCUGCCCCGGGCCCACGGCCACAUCUCUGUCAAGGGUCUCCAGGAUGAGUGUCAGUACCUCCUUCAGCCGCAGCUGAUUGUCCGGCGUUUGUUGGACGUGGCUGUGCUGGUGCCUGGGCGACCCUCCGAGCAGACCCUCUCCCUCCACAAUCGCUCAGCCCUGUACAAGGUCUUUGUGCCCAGCUUCACUUACAGGGUUUCAGCGCAGCUGGUGUGCGUGGGGGGCCGCGGGGCAUCCGCCUGCCCCCUGACGCUGCGCCUACGUCCCAAGGCCCCACCCCUGCACAACUCAAGCUCUGUGGCCUGUGGAGGUGCCUCGGUAUGCCAGCUGGAGCUGGCACUGCCCCCAUGGGGGCACUGGGUCUACGUGCGUGUGGAGACUCCAUCCCGGGGCCCUGGCAGGACCGUCUGCUUCCAGCUGUGCGUGCGGUUGCAAGAGUGCCCACAGCCCAGCCUGUCCCAUGCCCUGGUCCCCGGAGCUGCCAUGAACAUGCCCCAGUCACUUGGCAACCAGCCACUGCCCCCAGAGCCGUCAUCCCUCGGGGCCCCUGCCGAGGGCCCCGGGGCCACAUCCCCACCUGAGCACUGCUGGCCAGUGCGCCCGACGCUGCGCAAUGAGCUGGACACCUUCUCCGUCCACUUCUACGUCUUCUUUGGCCCCAGCGUGGCCCUCCCCCCUGAACGCCCAGCCGUGUUUGCCCUGAGGCUUCUGCCAGUGCUGGACAGCGGAGGCGUCCUCAGCCUGGAGCUCCAGCUCAACGUGAGCUCCCUGCGCCAGGAAAAUGUGACAGUGUUCGGAUGCCUGACUCACGAGGUGCCCUUGAGCCUGGGGGAUGCAGCAAUGACUUGUUCCAAAGAGUCCCUGGCCGGCUUCCUCCUCACGGUCAGUGCCACCUCCCGAGUGGCCAGGCUGCGAAUCCCGUUCCCGCAGACGGGGACCUGGUUCCUGACCCUGCGCUCCCUGUGCGGGGUGGGGCCUCGGUUCGUGCGGUGCCGGAACGCGACGGCCGAGGUGCGGCUGCGCACUUUCCUGUCCCCGUGCGUGGACGACUGCGGGCCGUACGGCCAGUGCAAGCUGCUGCGCACGCACAACUACCUGUACGCGGCCUGCGAGUGCAAGGCCGGAUGGCGGGGCUGGGGCUGCACCGACAGUGCGGAUGCGCUCACUUACGGAUUCCAGCUUCUGUCCACACUACUCCUCUGCCUGAGCAACCUCAUGUUUUUGCCCCCCGUGGUCCUGGCCAUUCGGGGUCGAUAUGUGCUGGAAGCGGCUGUCUACACCUUCACCAUGUUCUUCUCCACGUUCUACCAUGCCUGUGACCAGCCAGGCAUUGUGGUUUUCUGCAUCAUGGACUACGACGUGCUGCAGUUCUGUGACUUCCUGGGCUCUUUAAUGUCCGUGUGGGUCACUGUCAUUGCCAUGGCUCGCUUACAGCCUGUGGUCAAGCAGGUGCUGUACUUGCUGGGGGCUAUGCUGCUGUCCAUGGCUCUGCAGCUUGACCGGCAUGGACUCUGGAACCUGCUUGGACCCAGUCUCUUUGCCCUGGGGAUCUUGGCUACAGCCUGGACAGUACGCAGCGUCCGCCGCCGGCACUGCUACCCGCCCACGUGGCGCCGCUGGCUUUUCUACCUGUGCCCAGGCAGCCUUAUCGCGGGCAGUGCCAUCCUGCUCUAUGCUUUUGUGGAGACCCGGGACAACUACUUCUACAUUCACAGCAUUUGGCAUAUGCUCAUCGCUGGCAGUGUGGGCUUCUUGCUGCCCCCUCGUGCCAAGACUGACCGCCAGGUCCCGUCUGGAGCCCGGGCCCGGGGCUGCGGUUACCAGCUGUGCAUCAAUGAGCAGGAGGAGCUGGGCCUUGUGGGCCCGGGAGGGGCCACUGUCAGCAGCAUCUGCGCCAGCUGAGAGGGGCUUUGGGCUGCCCUUGGGGAACGUGAACUCUUCCUCGGGGCAGAGAGCCCUUCCUUGGGUUCUUCCUG